CGGAGUCGGCGUCCCCCGUUUUAUAUAUUCGAUCAGUUGCACAUUCGUUUUUCGCGCGACGACAAAACACAGAAAUAAGACACGCAAUUUUGCUCUGAUUUUCGGCGUAUUUUUUCCACCGAAGUAUUGUUGCGUUUUAAAAACACGAGUGAAGUGGCCAUGAAAGCGGAGAGACGGUUAGCUCAGAAAAAAACGUAAACAAACGACGUUCGCGGAAACUCAAGUUCGAAAAAACCGUUACGAAAGUAGAAUCGAAAUAUAAUUCCAAUUCGAAAUAAGCACAAACAAGUUGGCCACAGGAUGAGUAUUCAGUGUCGAAAAUUCGCGGCUAAACCAAUUUUUUGGAAAAAAACUCUUGAACGAGCGAUCCGUGUGAUUUUCAAAUGGAUCAAAAAAUAAACCGGUAACCCCGCAAAAUAUCGGUGAAACGACAUUUUUUAAAGUCAACCAAACCCGUUUUUGAGAAUCGAGUAAAAAGUGUCGGCGUGUGUAUGGAAGUGUUUUUAUUCGCCCAUCGGAAGGGGAUAUAGUCGAACGCGUUAGCGAAGUAAAUAAAUACAGAAAAGUUGGUGGCGUGCAGUGAACACUUGUGCAUAAAUGUAAACGAUCCAUAAUCGUUUCGUUCUUCCUACACCUGGAUCUUGUAUAUUCUCGAAAACCACCCGCCAUUAUCAAAAUUUUCCAGAGAUGUCGCCCCGACGGAGCGAAUCAUUUCGGAGACCGGAAGUGUCAUGGUCCUCAAUCGGAGAAUAAGAGACUCGAGCCUACUCGCGAGACCACGAUUCAAGAUAAAACAGCCGCUGAUGGAGACCGUUUCGGGGUCGGUUCCAUUAUCGAGGAAGAAUAAAAACGCGGGAAAGAGGUGGAAACUCGGUGGUGUCGGGACGAGCGGCACCCCCGCCCCUGCCCUCGGUACGAUCGUCAAUGCCGCAGACGCAGCUGCCAUCGUCAGUAACACCGCCACUGGCAAAAGCAACGGCAUGACUGUUCCUUCUGUCACCUCGGCACAGCAGCCGACCACUCACCAAAAAGUUCGAAGGAUUCUGGAAGAGCACGCGAUUUGGCAGGAGCGUGCUCACAGCGAGCGUCAGUCGUCAAGAUCUCGCGGUCUCUCGAAUUCCUCGUCGACGAGUUCCCCGAGCUCGGGAUUUCCUGGAAAUUACAACAUCGUCGCGUCCCGCGGUGAGUUGCCGCGAGGGAGUUUUUCGGUGCGCGAAAGCGCUCCGUUGACCGCCAACAGCUCGAGGAAGUCGCGAAUCGAGAUCGAUAGAAACGGACUUUUCGUCAACGCCCGCGACAGCUCGCGGUCGAGAUCGCACCAACAGCACUCGCCCUCGAAUUGGGAAAAACGCGCAGCGAGCCGCGAUUACGAGACUUCCAGUUGGAAAAAUUCACGGAACUGUGCAAUCAUCGCUGAUGGCACUUUGCCCAAAUCUUCCUCCGUUCCAGCCAAUCUCAAAUCAGUUUCCGGAAGUUCCGGGGGCUUGAACGGCAGCGGCGGAAACGUCAGAAAAGUCAUUGGGAAAAAUUCGGCGAACGGGAUUCUCCGAAAGUCGUCAGCUUUUCUCGCAAGUCUGACGCACUCGAGUGCGAAAAAAUGCAACGAUCGUAAGGGGAGCUCACUGGAGGCGAGUGAGAAGGAAAAACCGCGUUUUUCGCUGCUCAAAAGAAACGCACAAUUAGUGGCGAGCCUGAGGGACGAAGAUCCUCAUGGUUUACGGAGAUCACCGAGCUGCCAAAAUCUCAGUAAUACAGGAAAGAAGAAAAGCUCAAAUCGCGGAGUGAAAAAAUCAGUUUCGUUCAGCUCCGAUACCAGUUUCGAGGAGAAGAGAGCGCCAUUCUGCAGAAAAACGGCGGUCCACGAGGCUAAAGUUUACAGGAAGGGAGUCCUUCGAGAUCUCAACGCGAUUGAGAAGACGACGAAAAAAGUGCCAGGAACGUGGGAUUCGCCUUCCGGGGACCCGAAAGCCUUGCUAAGGGCUUCCCGGGAGGCCGAUGAUCACGACCUUAAAGAUCUCGUCUCGAGUAUACGGCGAACAGGCCUCGGGCAGAUGGACGUAAACGCGACAGAUUCUAGCGGCCGGACCGCGAUAAGCUACAUGGCCGGAAAUGGUUCACCGGCCAUGCUCGAGGCCAUCCUGACCUUCGCCGGAUGUGACCCGAACUUACCCGAUAACGAGGGUAACACACCCUUGCAUUUCGCAGCACAAGCCGGACAGACCGAAUGUCUAAACCUCCUAUUGCAAAGAUGCCCCGGGAUCGAGAUCGACGCAAGAAAUAUUCUUGGCUUUACACCCCUGAUGAAAGCCGCCCUCCAGGGUCGUACAAAAUGUGCAAAAAUAUUGCUUUUUGCUGGUGCUAAUCCUACGAUGAGGGAUCACGGGCGAGGACUCAGAGCCGAACAGUGGGCGAGAUACUGCGGAAGAUACGUCUGCGCUGACAUUAUCGAGAGAUUUGCCAGACACAAAUUACUUGAGAAGAAUAUUUCAUGUCGUUGGGGCAGCGAACCCGAGCUCGCGACGAAAGUCCUUCAGGGGAAGGUCGUUCCUGUACCAAUUAAUCCGAUUCCGCCACCUUCGACGGGUUUCCGAUCGAAAAUCAAACGCGUUUUCCGAACGACUUCCGGACCGGAUCGGAGUUUCUCUCUCGUCUCACAGUUAACCAACGCUGCGUUAUGCGCGAGCACACCAGCGUUACCCAAACCUGGAGAACCUUUGCCCAACGUUAAAAGUCUCGUCAGACCUCUGAGCGUUCCACAAUUGAGGGUUACGCUCGUAGGAUCGCAGGAGAUUAUCGAUAAAGCGAUAGACAAAUGUGGCACAAAUUUCAGCGAAAAGUUCGAAAGCUCGAUAGAAAAGCCGCCAAGAUCAAAGAAGAAAAACAAGUAGCAUCGUCCGCACAGAUCCUCUAUCGUCAUUGACUGUUGUUUUCGAUGAAAUGCUUUAAUUUUUUUAUUCACGAGGAAAAACGUUUUCUCCACAGCGGAUUCGAGGCACCCUUCGAUCCGUUCUGUAUCCACAUUAUUGAAAUUGUCCAAAAAAAAGCAGAAAAAGAGAAAGAAUGAUCGUUUGAAAAACCUUUCGUAAACAAUGAUUUUUCGUUCCAAUUUUGCAUGGAUCAACGAUCAUGCUACUCGACACUAAACUUUCGGAGGCCUUGAGAAAAACUUGGAAACGAAGAGCAAAGAUAUUUUGUCGGAAUUGGAGAAAUAAAUAUGAGGAAGCCUUUCAAGAGCCCAAAAAAGAGAGACGAAGAUGAGAAAAAGGCGAAGUGAGUUCUUCCGUCCGAAAGAGAGAGAAAAAAUACGAAAAGAGUGUCGGAGAAUCCGCCAGAAAGUUUUGCUCCGAAUCCAAAGUUACACUCAUGACGUAGGCACAUAUUUUAUUUUUUCUCUUUCUCUUUCAGCGUUGAUUCGAGCUUUGAAAGCUCAAAGUUAACGGAGAAUUAGUUUAUUUUUGGAGAUAGUGUAAUAUCUGAGGCUUCAAACCCGUGAAAUCAAUAGACGUGUUAUGACGUCACUAAAAAAAAACGUACAAUUUUCUACUCCGAGCACGUGCAGAAUAAUGAAAAAAAUCAUCUUACGAAAAGUAAAUAAAUUAGUCUCGCGCAAGACUGUAGUCAAAUAUUAUUCAUUGAUUAAUAUUGUACAAAUUCUUCGUCAAUGUUAUAUUCACAAACGCAGCAGCUUUUCAAUUAUUUUAAAAGAAAAUACAAUUUCGUACAACAAAUCGAAAUAAUCGUUUCGACCCGCUGCUUUCACUGCCUUCGACUCAUUUCGCAUUAUUUAUCAAACUACGAUGCAGCCCUUCAGCAUUUGUCGUUGUGUUUGCUGGACUUAUCCAAAAUUAAAUGAGAAGCGCGUACAUUUUUACGCUCUUAUAACACUAAAGUGUAACAAUUUUGUAUAAAUUCUUUAUUUCUGUCAGAAAAUUGUAUAUUAUCGACAUUAUUGUUAUUCCUAUGAUGAUAAAUCAAUAUUUCUUCAUUAAUAACUAAA